AUGGCGACAGCUCAGCGCUCCCGUGUCUUCUUUGACAUUCAAAUCGGUGACAGCAAGCCUAACCGUGUUGCAUUCGAGCUGUUCAACGAUGUUGUCCCCAAGACCGCUGAUAACUUCCGUGCUCUCUGUACCGGCGAGAAGGGCAUUGGCAGCCAGGGCAAGGAAUUGACCUACAAGGGCUCAAUUUUCCACCGUGUGAUUAAGCAAUUCAUGAUCCAGGGUGGUGAUUUCACUGCGUUCAACGGCACUGGCGGCGAGUCCAUCUACGGCGAAAAGUUCCCCGACGAGAACUUUGAUCUCAAGCAUGACCGUCCCUUCCUGCUCUCCAUGGCCAACUCCGGUCCCGGUACCAACGGCAGUCAGUUCUUCGUCACCACUGUCCCUACUCCUCACCUCGAUGGCAAGCACGUCGUUUUCGGCGAGGUGAUCAACGGCAAGAGCGUGGUUCGCAAGAUCGAGAACCUGAAGACCCAGUCCGACAAGCCCAUGAAGAACGUCACCAUUGUGGACUGCGGUGAGCUCUCCGGAGAGGACUACAAGAACGCUGCUACCCGCCAGCAGGAUGCCACUGGCGAUCCAUACGAGGACUUCACCGAGGACCACCAGGGUGAGGAGCUCACCGCGCCUCUGUGCUUCAAGAUCGCUUCCGAUCUGAAGGGCUUCGGUAACACUGCUUUCAAGAAGGGCGAUCUCGAACUCGGUCUUGAGAAGUACCAGAAGGGUCUGCGCUACUUGAACGAGUUCCCCGAACCCGAUGAGAAUGACCCCAAGGAGCUGGGCGAGCAGAUGAAGGCCCUCCGAUUCACCCUGCACUCCAACUCUUCCUUGCUCGGCAACAAGCUCCAGAAGUUCCGCCAGGCUCAGAACUGGGCCACAUAUGCGCUCCAGGUCGCCGAUGCCGCCAAGGCCAAGGACGCCGACAAGGCCAAGGUCUACUACCGCCGUGCCGUUGCCCACGAGGGUCUGAAGGAGGAGGAUGCCGCACUCAAGGAUCUGCUGGAGGCCGAGAAGCUGGCUCCUGGCGAUGCCGGUAUCAUCAACGAGAUUGCCAAGGUCAAGAAGACUGUUAAGGACCGCGAGGCCAAGGAUAAGGCCGCUGCUCGAAAGUUCUUCUCUUGA